AUGAAAUACUUUGCUGUGGCUCUUUUGGUCAUCCUGAGCAACAUCCUUUACGCUAUGAUGCGUGCUAAUAAUGGAGGGGCUGUGUAUCUUCCUGCAGGUCAGACGUUUGUAAUCGGCAAACCACUUGACUUGACAUUCCUUCAUGAUGUUCACAUCCGCCUUGAGGGAACCAUUAAGUUUACCGACGACGUUGAAUUUUGGCAAGCCAACGCUUAUCAGCAUCCGUUUCAAAGAUCGCUAAUGUUCUGGAAAUGGGGCGGUAAAGAUGUAUGGAUUCAUGGCGAGGGUGUCAUUGACGGACAAGGGCAAAGGUGGUGGAAUGAAUUUUCUGGACAAGAAAUCUUAGACUCAGACAAUGAGUACCUUAGACCCAUUCUCUUUUAUGCGGAGGGUAUCGAGAAUUUGACCGUUGAGGGGAUUCUGAUGAAGGAUUCCCCUGUUUGGCACAAUUUUAUCGUUGACUCCAAAUACAUCACAUACCGCGAUGUCAUCGUUGAGGCAAAAUCGAACAAUGCCACAGUCGAACCGAAGAAUGGCGAUUUUUUCAACUCUCUCAACGUUGAGCAUAUUCGUAUUGAGCGCGUUUGGGUUGACUCAGACGACGAUUGCUUCUCGCCGAAGAGCAAUAAUACAGAUAUCCAUGUCAAUACGAUGUACUGUAAUAACUCUCAUGGGCAAUCACUGGGGAGUCUUGGACAGUAUGAGGGAGAGUAUGUCUUUGUGAAGGACGUUGUGAUUGAGAACGUCUGGAUGCUGAACGGAAACAACGGUGCCCGCAUCAAGGUCUGGGCUGGGGAAAACGUCGCGACUGGGUUUGUGGAGAAUGUGACAUUUCGAAACUUUUGGUCUGAGAAUGACGACUGGCCUAUCUUCUUGGACAGUUGUUACUUCAACGUUGACUCGGAAACCUGUAACCGCUUUCCAAGCAAGAUGAAGGUCAGUAACGUGCUCUUCGAAAACUUCCGGGGUAUCUCAAGUGGGAGCAAGGGGAGGGCUGUUGCAAGGGUGAGUUGUUCAACGAAUGAAAAUGGGCGAUGCAGGGAUAUCAAGUUCAAGGGGUUUGACGUGCAGAGCCCUUGUGGUGGGGAGGCGGUGGUUAUCUGCGAUGGGGUUGACGGCGGCCUGGGCAUUCCCUGUGUCCCUUUUGCAAGUGAAGAGGCGCAAUCGGCGCUGAAAGAGGUAUGCGAGCGUGGAAAGGCCACCAUUGACCCUCCUUGGGAUGUACGAGACUACGGAGAGAGAGGUAUCAUGUAG